GGGGGAGCCUGCAUGUGCACUCUAGGGGGGUGGGAGACACAACUUUCAGGGGGUCUAGCCGGAAAGUGCAGCUGAAUCCAUUCCUUCUGUGCGGGAAGUUGGGAGAGAAGUUUUUUUGGGGGGUGUCUCUCACCUGGAUGGAGGAUUUGGCGAGCCCUCUGUAAAGGAGAAGUAGUCCGCGACUUUCACAAGGGACUGUCUGAGCGGAGGGUUGUCGGUGGGUACCGCCGGCGGAGGAGUCGCACCAUGCCUCAGCUAAACAGCGGCGGGGGGGACGAACUAGGGGCUAACGACGAGCUCAUCCGAUUUAAAGACGAAGGGGAGCAAGAAGAGAAGAGCCCCGGGGAGGGCUCCGCGGAAGGGGAUUUGGCCGACGUGAAAUCCUCGCUGGUCAAUGAGUCGGAGAAUCACAGCAGCGAUUCGGACUCGGAGGUCGAAAGGCGCCCUCCUCCAAGGGAAACCUUUGAGAAGCCUCGGGAUUAUCUAUCUGAAGCAUUUCGGAGGCAACAGGAUGCAGCAUUCUUCAAGGGACCCCCUUAUGCCGGGUAUCCUUUCCUGAUGAUUCCAGAUCUUGGAGGGCAUUACUUGCCCAAUGGUGCCCUCUCACCCAGUGCCCGCACGUACUUACAGAUGAAAUGGCCCCUACUGGAUUCCCCCAGUACGGCUGGUUUAAAAGAUGCCCGGUCGCCAUCCCCUGCCCACCUGUCCAACAAGGUUCCGGUGGUACAGCACCCACACCACAUGCACCCACUGACACCUCUCAUCACCUACAGCAAUGAACACUUCUCUCCGGGAACCCCUCCUGGGCACCUCUCUCCAGAGAUAGACCCAAAGACUGGGAUCCCUCGCCCACCUCACCCAUCAGAGCUAUCUCCAUAUUAUCCACUUUCUCCAGGGGCAGUGGGACAGAUUCCUCACCCGCUUGGCUGGCUAGUACCUCAGCAGGGCCAGCCAAUGUACUCCAUCCCUCCUGGCGGAUUCAGGCACCCAUAUCCUGCACUGGCAAUGAACGCCUCUAUGUCCAGUUUGGUGUCCAGCCGGUUUUCGCCUCACAUGGUGCCACCGCCACAUCAUGGCCUUCAUACCUCGGGGAUCCCGCACCCUGCCAUUGUUUCACCCAUCGUGAAACAGGAGCCAUCCUCUGGGAACAUCAGUCCUAACCUCAUCACGAAGCCCAGUGUAGUAGUAAAGAAGGAAGAAGAGAAGAAGCCUCAUAUUAAAAAGCCACUGAAUGCCUUUAUGCUGUACAUGAAAGAGAUGAGAGCUAAGGUGGUGGCAGAGUGUACCCUGAAAGAGAGCGCAGCUAUCAACCAGAUUCUAGGACGUAGGUGGCAUUCAUUGUCUCGGGAAGAGCAGGCCAAGUACUAUGAGCUGGCACGGAAAGAGAGGCAACUUCAUUCUCAGCUGUACCCCACCUGGUCUGCACGUGACAACUAUGGCAAAAGAAAGAAACGGAAGAGAGAUAAGCAGUCACCUGAAAUGGAAAUUACAAAGACAAAGAAGAUGUGUGUUCAGCACCUUCCAGCAGAUAAGUCCUGUGACAGUCCCGCUUCUUCACAUGGCAGCAUGCUGGACUCACCAGCCACUCCGUCUGCUGCUCUGGCUUCUCCUGCAGCACCCGCUGCCACCCAUUCAGAGCAAGCUCAGCCACUCUCCCUCACCACCAAGCCUGAAGCUAGAGCGCAGCUCUCUCUCAGCCACUCUGCUGCUUUCCUGGCUUCCAAAUCGCCUCCAUCCUCAAGUCUUUCAGGAUCCCUGUCUUCCCCAGUUGGCUCUCCGCUGCUGUCCAGACCAAUCCCACUGACAUCUUCCAUUCUGUCCCCACCGUGCGUCUUCCCCUCUGCACUGCAAGCACUACCACUGCUGCAGGCACAGCCCCUCUCUCUGGUGACCAAAUCCAGUGACUGAUGAAAGAGAGACUAUAUACCUGGACAACCAGGACUUGAUCACCCAAAAGCACUAGUGCUGUGUGGAUCUGGAUGUACAAUGCUCUGCACUAGUGUAUCAAUUGUCUGCAGAUAUGGACUGCUGUCUGCAUUGGUGUAUAUGAUGUCCUGAGUAUAUGGACUGUUACACUGCUUUUCAUUCUCCGGUAUAAUGUAGCUAUGGACACAGCUCUGCACUGGUGCAUAUAUAUAUAUAUAUAUUUACUUUUGGCAUUGUGUGUAACCCUCUGCAGAUGCACAUGUGGGAAGCUCAUCCGUGCACAGGAGAACAGUCCUCCUUUUUUUUUUCUUUUUAUAUGAUGGACCUUGAACCUCUCCAUGUUUGCUGCACAAAAGGGCACGUGCAUCAAUGGCGGCAGCAGCACCCAUGGAUCCAAUUCCAGCAUAGGCAAUGCAUUGUGUUAUUGCAGGCUCAUUGCUGAGGCACCCAGGCUAUACCUCCUCUCCAGCAUUCAGCAGCUUCAACAAAGAUGGCAGCUGCCAACAGACCUGCAAGAAUUAUUGGUCAAUAUUUGACCUGCUGGCUCCAGCUCUGCAGAUCACACCCGUCCAUCUUCUACUUUUCUCAUUAUUAUCCGGGAAAGACACUUUUAUUUUUCAUCAGUCGGGAAGAAAACUUAACUAUUAAUUUUAGUCAGUCACAACAGCGGAAAGUGUAAAUUGUACAUAAGAGUGCGUCCGAGGGGUUGGUGCAUGUUUAUUUUGUUAGGUUAAUCUUUAUAUGUUACUUUUUUUUUUAAUUCUUUAAUAAAGGGGCAAAAGCAAGUUCUUGCCUGCAAGUGCUGGUCCGGAUGCCAGAGCCAAAUUUUCAACGCUGCUUUUGGCAUUGCCCAGGUUACUAUUUUCCUCCCCCUUCACUUGUUCUGUUCCAUUCCAGUCCUCUCUUUCAAGUUUAUUUUAUUUUUUUAAUGGAAAAAAAGGAAAAAAAAAUCUUGAAAAUGUGACCUUUUUUUGUAACAAAAUAGAAAAUAUAUUGUGUUUUAAAAA